GAAAAGAAGGAGAAGGGCGUUGAUUUUUUAAUUAAGUCAGGAAAUAAAAAAAUUUUAAGAUACUCGUGUGAUGACUUGGAGUUAUUGACAAGAAGCAAAGGAGGAAACACAUAUCAUUCCACUGAAGAAUGGGUGACAGAUGAGGAUGUGACAUUGAGAGAUGGAGAGAA